CUCUACGGUGUGAAAAUCGUGACCUGACAAUAGUGGUGGUUAAAGCAACACGCCGAGUUAAAUGGAGCGAAAAUUAAAUUUUGGGAUAAAGAAAGUGAAACAAAUAUUAGCAUUUCUCACGCGGAAGCUAAAACCUACAAUUUACUAAUAUGUAUCAUAUUCUCAAAAUAUGGAAAGUUUGAACUGUUUAUUAUUUGGCGGCAAUUAUGCAACAGUUCGGAUCAAUCCAAAAUUGCACGUUUGAAAACGGUAUAAAACGUAGUCAAAUCAGGAGAAAAGCAUCAGUUUUUAUUAGAAUUUCACAAUGAACAGAGUGACGAUUUUUCUUCUCCUUCUUGUGAUAGCUGCGUGCCAGUCAUUUUUCCUUCAAAGUAAAGACAUAAAAAGGAUGUUGCGGUACUUCCCCAAAGCUUUCGAUAUUGAAACAACGCGCAGUCGGCCUCUCCGGACCCGAAAUCGAGAACCGGAACCAAUUCACCAUGAUUACAUCGAUAGUUACGACAGACAAGAUAAUGGAGAGCCCUCAAAAUACACAAAAAGUACCAAAGGACGAAACAGGAAACCAAAUUACCAUCACUGCGACCACCCCGAUCACUACCACCACCAUCACCACCCAGAAGAUCGCGUACAAACGCAGCGCAAUAACAAAAAUACGAAAUAUGAAGACAGUGAGGAUUACGACACUGAUAAGAAGAAAUAUAAAAAGAAAAUGAUUUUGAACGAAGAAAAGGAAAAUGCUGACGAUCAAAAGGACAAAAAGGAUUACAUAACUGGAGUUUUAGUGACCAUUCCGAAAAUUAAAGGGAGUGGGGACGCAGAAAGUUAUUUGAAAAGCGGCAAACACAAUGUGUUCUUCCAGCAACCACUAAAGACUGAAGAUGAGGAUUAUCACCACUAUCACCGUCAUCAUAUUCCAGGAGACGAAGAUUUUGACUCAUAUUUCUAUUAAUUGUGAAGUUAUUGAUAAUAAACAAACCAACUUUUUACAA